GGGGCCCCGCGCGCGCGGGGGUGGGGCCCGCGCGUAUAAAGGGGCUCAGGCUGCGGGGCGUUCCGCAGGCCAAGUGCGCUGUGCUCGAGGGGUGCCGGCUAGGCCCAAGCGAGCCAGCGGGCAGGCAGGCAGGCAGCUCCGAGGGGGCGCGGCUGCAGCCACACAGGACCAGCGAACGAGACACGGGAACCGUCCACCACCGGACAACCAGCACCUCUGCGAUGGAGCGCCUGGUCACCGGUGGAAACGUCCCUGUGAUGGCGCGCACGAGCGCCUGCCGUAGCCUCUUCGGGCCCGUGGACCAUGAGGAGCUGGGCCGUGAGCUGCGGAUGCGCCUAGCCGAGCUGGCUGCUGAGGACCAGAACCGCUGGGACUUCAACUUCCAGCAGGACGUGCCGCUCCGGGGCCCUGGGCGCCUGCAGUGGACCGAGGUGGACAGCGAUUCCGUGCCCGCCUUCUAUCGCGAGACGGUGCAGGUGGGGCGCUGUCGUCUGCUGCUGGCGCCCCGGCCACCCCCGGUGGUCGUGGCUGUCAUCCCGCCCCGCGAACCGCCUACCGCUAAGUCCCUCGACGGCCCGGAUGAAGAGCCGGGGCAGACGCCCAGCGUUCCUGCCCCGGCCCCGGCCCCGGUGCCCAUUCCGCCCCUAGCCGCCGUCGCGGCCCCGGCGGUGGCCCCAGUGCUGGCCCCGGCAGUGGCCCCGCCGCUGGCCCCUGUGAUGGCCCCGCCGCUGGCCCCGGUGAUGGCCCCGCCGCUGGUCCCGGCGCUGGUUCCGGCCUCGGUCUCCGCUUCCGAGCUGGGCUCGGACCCGGACCCUGACGCGGACGCGGCCCCUCAGGACAGCGCCGAGCCGGGCGCGAACCAGGCGCAGCGCGGCCCCGAGCCGCUCGCCGACUCGCUGCACUCGGGGAUUCCGGGACGUCCCGCGGCCGGCACCGCGGUGGCCGGCGCCAACGGCGCGGCGAUCAAGAAGCUGUCGGGGCCUCUCAUCUCCGAUUUCUUCGCCAAACGGAAGAGAUCUGCGCCCGAGAGCAAGUCCUCCGGAGAUGUACCCCCGGGGUGUCCCCCGGCUGGCGCACCUCCUGGGAUUGGCGGGGCGGAGCAAACCCCGCGCAAGCGGCUGAGAUGAGUUAGUUUAGACCCCCAGGAGCACGGGGAGCUUGUUGGGCAGCGGACGAUGGAUGAGCGGGGGGCCUCGCGGGACCGUACUUCUAGCAGCAACCGGUGGCAGCAGCCGCAGCGCAGCCUACGGUUUUGUGUUUAAAAUCUGAAAACUGUGCAAUGUAUUGAUAGCGUCGCUAUUACUUAAAUAUAUUCUGCACAUGGAGUACACUGGUCCCAAGGUGUAAAGCUUUAAGAGUCAUUUAUAUAUAAAAUGUUUAAUCUCUGCUGAAACUCAGUGCAUAAAAGAAGAAAAAAGAAAAAAGAAAAAAAAAAGAUAAAAGGGAAAAAAAGAAAAAAGAGGAAAAAAUAAAAAACAUGUAUAUUUGUACAAAAGCUUUUUAAAGUUAUACUAACUUAUAUUUUCUAUUUAUGUCCAGGCGUGGGUCUCUGCCACGCAACUGCUCGGUUAUUGGUUAUGCCAAAGGCACUAUAUUUCACCCACAUCAGAUUAUCAGCAAGUUGAAUUUAUUUUUCCAGUGGGCUCUAGGGGAGGAGGUUGCUCACAAGCUAGCUUCCAUACAUACCCAUCUAGCUUGCAGUCUUUUCACGCUUUCGCUGCCUCUCAUUAUUAUUAUUAUUAUUAUUAUUAUUAUUAUUAUUAUUAUUAUUAUUUUAAACUUGAAGACAAAUCUGUUAAAAAUGGUUCCUGAGCCGUCUGUACCACUGCCCCGGCUCCUCGUCCGCCGGGUUCUAAAUAAAGAGGCCAAAAAUGCUGCAAA